AUGACAAACACCAACCGUGAUGAGUUUAAGAGUACCAAUGACAGUGAGCUUCCUUGGAUGGCAAAAGGUAGCAAAGGUUCAACAAGGCGUGACGAGAAAGCUAUUGUACGAGUUGCAGGCUCAGGUGUUGAGAACGAAGACAAGAGUUCAUCAGGCACAGUAGCAAAAGAGUCAGAGCCUGGAAAGAUUCAAGGUCAGCAUGUGGCUGAAAGAGUAGGGCGUGUUCCAAAGAAGAAACGGAGAAACAUGGUUGCCUCCCCGUCACGAAGAAUGUCAUCUGGUCGACGUGGAAGCUCAGAACAUAGGCCGAAGAUCAACCGUGUUUCGAAGUUAAACCCAAAUUUAACUGAUGGAGGAUCAUCAGACGGUUCUGAUGCAAAGAACAAUAGCAGUGUUCAUGACUUUUCUGGUAUUAUUUUACUUGCUGAUGCUGCUUGUAAUUUGAGCAAUGAUCUUGCACCAGCUGUUGACCGUCUGUCUGCUGAAGAACCUGUUGUUCAGCAGCAAGAUGCCUCGACCAUAUUGGCCUUGGGAGGGAUGAUAGCAGCUAAUAAGGGAGAAAGUGAAAGUGAAAAUUUAGCACCUGAUAGUGGAGCUGUCACCAUGUCUGGUGAACCAACUGAGAAGAAGAAAAGCCUCAAAGAGGAGAGGUUACACUGGAACUUAAAUGUUUCUAUGGAUGCUUGGGGUCCACCUUAUGAUGCAGGAGAUGAUGUCUCUGGAAAAGAUGUAGAGGGAGAAAUCACAGAGUCAAUGUCCCCCAAAGAGACCAAACCUAUUGAUGCAAGUAAGAACCAUCUAGAUGGGUUGGUUGCCUCAGAUGGGCAAGAAAAGUUUUCAUCACCAUCUGGUCCUAAGGCUAACGCAGCUGUUAGAAAUGGUAAUGAGUUCCAAUCUGAUUAUGAUUCCCAGCCUGAGGACGGAGAGUUGAAGGAGCAAUACAGUUGGGGAGAAAAAGAGAUUGAGGAUGGAGAGAUUGAGCCAAAAGAUUACGGGUUAGAGGCAGAGGAUGAAGGAUUCUACUCUAUUUCUGAAAGUGAUGACAACAAGAUGGAGGAUUCUGGUAAGAGAAUCAUGGCAGAGACCAAGUCCGGAAGUGACAUAGAGAAGAAUGUUUUGGUUUGCAUGAAAGAUUCGCAUCUGAAGAAGGGGUCUUCUUCUUCAAGGAGGUUUGCAUCUGAUGAUUACAAAGAGUUGAGCAUGGGUCCAUAUAGGUUAUCUGGAAGAGAUGAGAGGAGUUCUGGGAGAGGAUAUUUUCGUGGUAGGGGUUCCAGACCUCGCAAUGUUUUGGAGUCUCCACAUCCUAAAUGCAUGAUGGGCGAGUUUGAUCAAUCAAGGUCAGGGUCCGGACAAGGAUCACAACCUGAUGGUUAUGCACGUAACCGAUUUUCGAAUAGGGGAUACAGCGGUAGGUUAAGAAUAUUUCCAAAUGGUGGGGAUCGUGUAUUUAGGGGCAGGCACGGUUAUAACAACCAGUUUCCAGGUCGGAUGCACAACUGGAUGAGUGGUAAUAGGAGAGAAAGAGGCAACUCUCCGGUCUUUAGGAGAUCCAGAAGUCGUUCUCCAGUCCCGUGGAACGUCCGAGAUGGAUUAUCUCCUCCUGAUGAUGAGUAUAGAGGAGACGAGGGGUCGAUGGAGAGUGUGAGGUUGCCUUCCCAGAAACGGUUUUAUGAAAAUCAAGAAAAAGGUUUCAUGUCACCUCCAAGAAACGAGAUGUCGUUGCCGAGAUUGUUUGAAAGGAGGAGCUAUGAUUCUGGUGAGAAUCAUAAUAGCUUCAGGGAAAGGAAGUUUGGGCUUGGCCAAAGACAUGAUGCUGGAAGUUCUUCGAGAAGACUUAAUUCUGAAAACCGCAACAACUUUAUACCAUUUAGACGCCAAGGAAGAUUUGAUGGUGGGGAAGAUAGCACUGGCGGAAACAAGUUUGAGAUGGGGCAGCAGCAAACUAGGCGGGAUGAGGUCACAGAAGAUGGUGGUGAUGAUGUUCCUCCAGGUUUUACAAAAAAGAGUCGGAGGGUGUAG